AUGAACCCAAGAAAGACGAAAAACAACAACAUUGUUCCAUUGUUGAACAAGCUAUCAAUAUCAGACGGUUGGUCGACAGUAGUCAACGUCACGUAUAGCGAGUAUGUCGGAACAGAACUCGGCAAUGGCGUCAGUCAAUGGCUCGGUCUUCGAUACGCGGCACCGCCUGUCGGUGCCCUGAGGUUCGCUCCUCCGCAGGAUCCGCUGUUUUACUCGGAGCCUCAAGCGGCAAAUAAGCAUGGGAAUUGGUGUGUUCGACAGCCGGGUAAUUCCCUGACUUCGGAGGAUUGCCUGUUCCUGGACGUCUACGCGCCAACGAAUGCGAUCACAGACUCAAAACUACCAGUCUUCGUCUUCAUCCAGGGCGGAGGCUUCAACGACAAUGCUAACCCCAACCUCAACGGAACCGGGCUCAUAAAGGCGAGCUCAAACAGCAUCGUCGUGGUUACCCUCAACUACCGCGUGGGGCCGUACGGGUUUCUCACCAGCAAACGGCAGGUCGUUGCCAACAACGGGCUUCGAGACCAGCGCAAGGCUCUGGAAUGGGUGCAAAAGUAUAUCAGCCAGUUUGGAGGCAACCCUAACCACGUUGUUCUCGGAGGAGCCUCAGCCGGUGCGGCCAGCGUGGCUUACCAUAUGAUGGCCGACAAAGACGGCAACAGAAAGCUCUUCCACGCAGCAGCAGCCGAGUCCGUCUCCUUCGGCACCGUCCUCACCGUCGACCAAGCCCAGUACCAAUACGACAACCUGAUGAUCCGCCUCGGCUGCGCAAGCAGCGACUCCGCCGCCAGCCUGGCCUGCCUGCGGUCCAAGACGCAAAAAGAAAUCGCUGAUAAGGACGACGAUAUCCCGUACCCAGGCUCGUCCAACGGACCCAUCUACAUGUGGUCCCCCGUCAUCGACGGCGACUUUGUCACCGACUCCCCCUACUCCGCCUUCCGCAACGGCAACUUCGCCAAAAACAUACCAGUCAUCUUCGGCGACGACACCAACGGCGGCAGCGGCUUCGCUCCGGGCCGCAUCAGCUCCCUCGGCGACAGCAACCAGUUCAUCAAGGACCAGUUCCCCGCCAUCACCCUGAGCCAGCUCGACACCCUCAACAAGCUGUACCCCAACCCGCACGCUUCCACUUGUCCCAGUAUGGGCUGCUGGCGCGGGCAGGCGGGCAACGUCUACGGCGAGAUGCGGUACAUGUGUCCCGGCUUGUACCUCAACGACGCGUUCGACAACUACAACGACGACUACCAAAAGGGAACAAGCUCAUGGGCGUAUCGGUGGAACGUCGAGGACCGGGAUCAGAUGGCCAGCGGGCUGGGGGUGCCGCAUAUCGUGGAGCUCAAUGCCCUUUUUGGACCGACGAACAUGUGGUAUAGUGGGCAGGUUCCCAAGAGUUAUUUACCGGGAGGGACGAACGCGGCGGCGGUGCAGGUGAUGCAAGGCUAUUGGGUUAGCUUUAUCAAGACGUUUGAUCCGAAUAAGUUGCGGUGUUGUGGGGGCGUGGAGUGGAAGGCUUGGAAAAGCGGUGAUAAGGCGAGUGCACAGCAUCAGAGAUUGUUGUUUGGGACGGGCGGGAAGACGGCGAUGGAGAUGAUUCCGUUUGAUGACGGGCUGGGGUUGAGGUGUAAGUAUUUGCAGGUUAUUGGGAGGGCAUCGGCGGAUCGACCCUUUCCAUGCUUCACCCAACACGGCUACGGAGAUCGUCCAUCCGCGGUCCAACCCGAACCAUGGCCCCGGCCUCCCCGACUUCCCCGCACGUUCCGCACCGCUGGAAUCGUCUCGAUUCCCAAGAACCGGGAAGCUCAAGCUGUUAGGGCAUUUCCCACCUGCACUCACGGGCCGACAACCUCACGCUUAGUCCAGAAUGGGCAUCCGGCCUGCGCUCUACCGCCCCCUUCAUUGUUCAAGGCAACGUCGGCGGGUGUCUCUCCUUCAAGACACUUCCCAGGAUGCCGGCCCGCAACCUCUACACGCUCAACCUGA